ACAGAGCUUGUGGACAAAUGCAUAGGUUCACGCAUCCAUAUCGUGAUGAAGAGUGAUAAAGAAAUUGUUGGAACGCUUCUAGGAUUUGAUGACUUUGUCAACAUGGUGUUAGAAGAUGUCACAGAAUUUGAGAUUACACCUGAAGGCAGAAGAAUCACGAAGCUAGACCAGAUUUUGCUAAAUGGAAAUAAUAUAACAAUGCUGGUUCCUGGAGGAGAAGGACCUGAAGUAUAA